AUGCGCAUUUCGUGUGAAGAUAAAAAUCUAACAUAUCACAUUGAGAAUCAAGCGUUAAAUGCUUCAUAUAUAAGUCCUAUGAUUCAAAAUAAUUUUAUAAAUAUAUGUGGAAAAAUUAUACAAGACCAGUUAGUUAACAAAAUUAAUCAGGCAAAAUGUUUUUCUGUAUUAGUCGACGAGACAACUGACGUAUCGCGUGUUGAACAACUGUCAUUGUGUGUACGUUAUUUAGACAAUAAUUUAAAUAUUGAAAAAAAUGAAAUCAACAAUUAUGUAUUGAAAGAAGACUUCUUACAAUUUGUACCGGUAAAUUCUACCACUGGUCAAAAUUUGGCCACAGUAAUUCUAGCUACUUUAAAAAAUCUUGGUAUAAAAUGUGACUAUUUACUUGGCCAAGGCUAUGAUGGCGCCGCAGCCAUGAGUGGUAGUUUUAUAGGAGUACAGUCUGUUAUAAGAGAAGUACAUCCCGCUGCACUUUAUGUCCACUGUAGUGCACAUUCGUUAAAUUUAGCACUUGCUCAUUCGUCAAACAUUCACCAUAUUCGAAAUUGUAUUGGAACAAUAAAAUCUGUAGGAAAUUUUAUUAAAAUAUCGGCUAAACGAACUGAACUAUUAAAAAAUAAAACAAAAGAAUUCCUUCCUGAAACCAAAUGGACAAAAUUAACUUCCAUGUGUGAGACUAGGUGGGUUGAAAAUCAUGAUGGUAUGCUUAGAUUUUCAGAAAUAUAUAAACCUAUUGUUGCAACAUUAGAAGAACUACAAUUAUUUGUUGACAUUGAAACAUCAUCUAAAGCUUUACAGUUAUAUAAGUGUUCGGUGAAAUGUGAUUUAAGUGAAGCAGUAGAUCAUGUUGAAACAGUUUUAAGUGAAGUGAAAGAUAUGCGAACAAAUAUUAAUGAAAAUUUCAAAGAAAUAUUCAAUAAAUCCGAAAAAUUGUUCAUAUCCGUGAACGAGGAAGAAAAAAUAAAAAUACCAAGAUUAGUAAGUCGUUCAACAAAUAGAAUAAAUGUGGAUACCAACAUUCCUGAAGAUUAUUUUCGUAUUGCAAUUGCGAUUCCAUUCUAUGAUGAUUUUAUUAGUCAACUUAAAGAACGGUUUUCCAAACACAAGACGAUUUUAUCGUCUUUGCAUUUAUUAAUACCAAAAAUGUGUUUGAAAUCUCCAAUUUUAGAAUCAGAUUUUAGUAUAUAUUCAGAUUUUAUAAAUAUUGACACAUUACCUUCAGAACUGAAAUUGUGGAAAAGAAAAUGGAUUGCUUUCAAAGAUGUAGAUCGUCCACAUACAGCUGUAGAAGCAUUAAAUUAUUGUAAUCCUGAACUUUUUCCAAAUAUCCAUUUUUUAUUAAAAGUACUAGCUACACUACCGGUUUCUACAGCAACUCCCGAACGAACUUUUUCGACAUUAAAACGCGUCAAGACAUUUUUACGGAACUCUACGGGACAAGAAAGACUAACUGGACUAGCUCUAUUAAGUGUCCAUAGAGAUGUUACGGUUAAUCCCGAUGAAGUGUUAAACCAGUUUGCUCUUCAAAAAGAUAGGAACAUAUUAUUAGUUUAA